GAAAAAUCAUUCGAAAUCUUAAAUCGAAACAAAACCCUAAAUUUUCUAGUUCGAUCGAAAUCCUUCUCUGGAGUCCCGUUCUAGUUCCAAUUCGGACUAGCAGAAAUCCCUAAAUCCUAAAAGUAGAUCUAUUUGAGCGCGGAAACUGUUGAGAAAAUGUCUGGUCGUGGCAAGGGAGGAAAGGGAUUGGGCAAGGGAGGUGCGAAGAGGCACAGGAAAGUUCUUCGGGACAACAUUCAGGGCAUAACGAAACCGGCGAUUCGGCGAUUGGCUAGAAGAGGUGGCGUGAAGAGAAUCAGUGGAUUGAUUUAUGAAGAGACCAGAGGAGUGCUGAAGAUAUUCCUGGAAAAUGUGAUUCGCGACGCUGUGACCUAUACCGAGCACGCUAGGAGGAAGACUGUUACGGCCAUGGACGUGGUGUAUGCCCUGAAGAGACAGGGAAGGACUCUCUAUGGUUUUGGAGGCUGAUCCAAUGCUUUGAUGAUUUCCUUUUCUUUGAAAUUGUGUUGUGACAUAGGUGUUACUUCUCUUGAAAUCCCUGUGUUGUUCUUUUUAGGACAAAAGAAAAUGAAGAACAUCAAUGGAAUGAAAUGCAGUAACGGUUUCUGGGGUUCACUAA